AUGAUAAAUAGUAAAGAAACAAUUGAAUUUCUUCUUUCACAUGGUAUAAAUAUCAAUGAAAAAGAUAAAGAUGGAGAAACCGCUCUUUAUAUUUCAGUAAUGAGAAAUAGGAAAGAAAUAGUCGAAAUUCUUAUUUCAUAUGGUAUAAAUAUCAAUGAAAAAAAUAUUUUUGGACAAACCGCUUUUCAUGUUGCAGCACGUUAUAAUAAUAGGGUAAUAGCCGAAUUUCUUCUUUCACAUGGUAUAAAUAUCAAUGAAAAAGAUAAAGAUGGAAAACGGCUCUUCAUCUUGCAGUCGAAAAUAAUAGUAAAGAAACAAUCGAAUUUCUACUUUCACAUGGUAUAA